UCGUGGCCUUUCAGUCUAUGCUUAUUGUACUAGUGGGAGCUGUGCCAGAAUAUCAUCUUGACCAAGAAGUGAUUUCAAGUAGUACAGAAGCUCUUGCAAAACACAUCAGGUUUGCCAGUAACUUUACAUCCAUAGCAACAGAGUGGUAUUUAAUCAGACAUGAAGCUUAUAAAGUGAGCCUGGCAUCAUCUUUAUACUUCGCUGGACUGCUGAUUGGAAACAUAUUGUUUGGUCCAUUAUCAGACAAACUGGGCAGGAAGCCUGUGUACCUUACAGGCCUUUUCUUGGAUGUCGUUUUUGGGUAUGUCUCAGCAUUUGCUCCAGACUAUGAAAUUUUUGCAAUGUCACGCUUUUUUGUUGGGAUUACAAACGGUGGUAUGUCUCUAGUGUCUUUUGUUUUGACACAAGAAUAUGUUGGAAAAUCCUUCUGGGCAUUGACAGGCUCAUUAACAAAUCUGACAUUUGCAGUUGGCAUAGCAAUUUAUGCCUUACUGGGUUAUUAUAUAAGGGAGUGGCGUUUACUUGCCUUCGUGUCAAAUUCUCCAGGACUUUUCUUUUUUCUUCUCUCAUUUAUGCUUCCUGAAUCCCCAAGAUGGUUAUACUCUCAAGGCAGAACCGCAGAGGCAGAGAGUGUACUGCAAUACAUAGCCCUUGGUAAUGGGAAGGAGAGGUUGGCUGUGAAGCUGAAACACUGCAAAGCAGCCGUGAAAAAGGAUGAUUCAGCACCUGGUGUCCUAAACCUAGUUAGACAUCCGGUCCUUCGGUGGCGCACUGUCAUCUUGAUGUAUAUCUGGUACGUGUGUAGUCUCGUAUAUUAUGGCUUAACACUGAAUGCUGGUGAAUUAGGAGGGAAUCUUUACCUGAAUGUGGCACUUUCUGGCCUUGUAGAAGUUCCAGCAUUUCCCCUCUGUAUGUUCUUCAUUGAGAAAUCUUGGUCAGGAAGACGUAAAAGUACAGUUAUGUUUUUGAUAUUUUCAGGCCUUGCCUGUAUAUUUACAAUGUGCUUACCAGAAAAUGCUAGUGGAUUAUUCUUCAGUCCUAGCCUCUUAGCUUUAUGCGGGAAACUGACUGUAAGCGCAGCCUUCAAUAUCAUAUAUAUUUACACCUCAGAACUCUACCCAACAGUAGUGAGAAAUGCUGGCUUAGGCGUGUGUUCAAUGACUUGUAGAUUUGGUGGCAUUUUGGCUCCAUUUGUUCCUUCUCUGAAAACUCUUGGUCCAUCUGUACCAUUUGGGGUCUUCGGAAUCAGUGGAUUAUCAGCUGGUUUUCUGACCCUUCUGCUUCCAGAAACUCUAAACAAGCCUAUUGCAGAGACCAUUGAAGACUUGCAGAUGCCUGCCUAUCAGACGCUUAAAAAUAAAAAGGCAGAGUAAAUCAGUUAGAAGAAAACAGUUAAAUAUUGCAAAACCCAUAUCUGAUUGAAAAUGACAACCGUGGUUCCCCUGUUGAGAUGUGGUGCCAUCAAGAUUAUCACACUGCAACACUGAAAAGUACUUUGGGAUUUCCACUAUGCUGAAUGAUAUAUUUGCACAUAAACUGUGAAGAUUGAUGGUAGUAGUGAUUGUGGGUUAUAAAAACAGAUGAAGAGAUAUUAAGUGGCUACGUAUGUAUCUUAAACUGACACUCUCUGUUCUAGGACAUUCAAAAGUAUCUGGUUGUUUCAUUUGAGUAACAAAGGGAAUACUGUAAUUCUUGUAGGGCUUCGGUCAGCCUUAUGGUGCCUGGCAAUGAUGGGAGCUGUAGUUGAACACAUUGGAAGGCUGCUGGUAAAACCUCAUAUUGGAGGUUUUGACAGUUAACCUAAACACAUGGACAAGCAGAAAGUAUAACACUUAAUUGAUGUCUCUGUGUUUAGCCAUAUAUAAAUAGGCUCUUGAGUAAAACUUGGAAUUAACAGCACACUGCUUCUUCCAGUACUGACAGACUGGAGGACUACAGACCAACUUCUUAAUUUUUACAAGCUCCAAAUGUUGCCAAUAUUUUUAUAUUAAUGAUUUGAAAUGAAUGUUCCAAAAUAUUUAUAAAGACCAAAAUGCCUUUGAAUACUGCUUCAGUAUAUCAUAUCUGAGGUAUGAGCUCAAUGUAUCACAGUGCACAUCUGGUGUUGGGAACAAGUAAGGGGUCAGCUAGCAAUUGCAAGUUGCAUGUGGAAUAGUUCUCUUUGCCUUUAUGUAUGAUGGCAGACAGUAACAACAACCUAGUGGUGCAUAGGACAGUGGAAUGGAUCCAGAGGUGCUCUUCCAGAUGCUUAAAAUAUCAUCUGCUUGUAGAAAAGCUGUUCUCUAGUACAAGAUGUAAGAGUGAAAGUAAAUCCCAAAGUUCUUCUGUUUGCUUUUGUAUCUUUUUACAUAACCAUGCCAUGAGAAAGACAAGUAGAGAACAAAUUCCUUCCUGUCUGUGUUUCUUCCCAACUGGAAGGGGCAGGGCUUUGAAGAGAGAGGGCUUUUGGGAACCUUCACAGGCCAGAAUUAAUCUGCCAGAGAGGUCCUCUCAUACUAUACCAUUAUAGGCUAUGAAUUGCCAUGGUUCCAUCGUAGGGAAUCCUGGGAUUUGUAGUUUACUCAGGGGUAUUUAAAACAGAGUUCUAGUGCCUCCUCAAACUACAAACUAGGAUCCUAGGAUUUCACAGGAUGUUGCUAUGGCUGUUAAAGUGGAAUUACAGUGUUACAACUCUUUAAUGUGAAAGAGUCCCAGGUAUGUGGGCCAGACAUUCUGCUUCUCUACUGCGGAAUCAACAUAGUGUAGCACUGCAUGUGCUGUUAUGCUGUUUGCAGCAUAAUCAUGUGCAGAGCUGUGCUACACUUUGAUGUGAAGUUCUUUUGGGUCUAACCUGAAGGACAGGAAUAUUUUGCACAGCAUUUGGCCUUGAUUUGCAGGGGAGCCCUGAGGGUAAUUGUAGUAUUUUUGACAGCCUGUGUUUCUCUAAGCCAUGAGCUUGUGGUUUGCAGUAUUCAGGCUCACUACUGUCAAGUCAGGUUGAUGUCUGAUGCAAACUCAGCUGACAGAGGCUUACAUUUGGAUUUAACUAGUUGAAGGUCACCUUUUAAAAGAAGCUGUACACAUAGGAAAACCAAAUAAAACCCAGCAAACCAAGACUAUCUCACACUUUUAUUUACAUAUUUAUCAUGUAUUUUAAUGUUUCCUGUUUGAGAACUAGGGAGCAAAUUGGGUAGACUAUCAAGAAUUCAGGUGUGUGUGUGUGUGUGUGUUUAUGUUUACUUAUCAGACCUUGGAAAAGUUACUGUUUUGGACUCUGUUUUCCAGAAUCCCCCAUCAUGCUUGGUAAAUUUUCCAAGCUCUGGUCCUUCAUACAUUUCAUUUUUGUAAGUUGUAACAUACUUGGCAGAACUGUUGCUAAGUGUCAUUUGGUGCUCCAUUACCUUCCUUCAAUGCUAAUGUCCAAACAGCAGGGGGGGAAAUGUGACCAAUUUUUAUGUGGAGUUUGGUUUAUUAUUAUGGAAAGGUUUAUAAAUCUAUAUUUUUGUAAUAAAAAUAUGAUGUAAACAAUAAAAAAUAUUGCUCCUGUGGAAGCAGAAAACUGUUGCCUAGAUAAUUUUCCCUAAGCUUAUUGCCACAUGAUGAAAUAGCUCUCAUGGUAAAUAUUUAAUGUAUCUUUAAUGAGGCUAUUCUGCCUUCCUUUUGUUCCAGUGGUAUAAAAAUACUUAAUAAACAAA